ACCAAGCUCGGCGUCUGAGUGUGCUGUUGUGGUCCGUGUGCUGUUAUCUGUUGGCUGCUCUGUCUUUCCCUGCCUGCGCCAUGGAUAUUGCCAUCCACCACCCUUGGAUGCGCCGAUCCUGUCACUUCCCCUCGCUCUUUCCUCCGCGUCUGUUCGACCAGAGGUUCGGCGAGGGGCUCCUGGAGAGCGACUUAUUCUCCGCCACGCUCAGCCCUUACUACAUGCGUAUGCCAAGCUUGCAGAUGCCCAACUUGCAGAUGCCUAACUUGCCGAUGCCAAAUAUUCCAGACACGGGGCUUUCGGAGGUGAAGUUGGACAAAGACAAGUUCUCUGUGUUGCUGGAUGUGAAGCAUUUUUCACCUGAGGAGUUGAAGGUGAAGGUGAUGGGUGACUACAUUGAAGUACAUGCCAAGCAUGAGGAGCGUCCGGAUGAGCACGGCUACAUCUCCCGGGAGUUCCACCGCCGCUACAUGGUCCCCAAGGGGGUUGAUCCAGCAGCAAUUGUCUCAGCAUUGUCUCCUGAUGGGGUGCUAUCCAUCACAGCACCUACCACCAAGGGUGCUCCUGCAGUGGAGCGUAGCAUCCCCAUCAGCCGUCAGGAAAAGCCUGCUGUCACUGGAAAGUAAUAGAGUCAUGGCCUAGGCUUGCUUUUGCCCUUGGUUGCUACCAGAAGCCAGCAUCUCAGGCCUGUUCUCCCUUCGCUAGUAGCUGCAAGGGCUGCUCACUCUUUAUGGAAGUGAACAUUUCCUCCCCUGCCCACUCUCUCUUGGGGGUCUUGGAGUAGAGAUCAGGCCCUUCUUCUGGCUAGGAGUACCUCUCUGUUGCAGGCUUACUAUGUAUCACUGAUCAUGCUGAAUUCCUUGCUUUGUAUAAAUAUGGAUACUACUUAAUUCGGUUACAUGUACUUGCUUACAAACCAAAUGUCGUAUUGAUACUUGCUAAUAAACUUGAUGUAACUGCC